AUGGCUGAAAUGCUAAAACAUUGGCUUUCUCAAAGAUUACAAAGGCCAAUAUCAUGGGAAGCUGAAGAAUUUGGAGAAAAAAUGAAAAAUGGAUAUGUAAUUGCUUCUGUUCUCCGAAGCUAUCACGUAAUUAGUGACGAUAAAUAUUAUCUUAUGAGACCGAGCAAUGUUGAUGAAGAUGUUAAAAGAAAUUGGAAAUACCUUAAAGAAUGGCUUCGUGAUAUUGAAAUUAAUAUAACUGACAUUGAUAUGUAUAGUAUCAUGAGUGGAAAGGGUUCUACGUUGCUUCGCUUAUUUUAUCAACUUUUUCUCCAUUUAGACAAGAGAGACCGUACUAAUUUUAUUAAGCAAGAAAGAAAAGCUACAUCAAGCUUAAUAGAAAAAAUAGGGCAUCGUUUCGUUGUUGAAAAGCUACAUGAAGUUCAAGAGCCAUCCAUCGAUGAUUUGUCUAAGCCACUAUUAGACCAAAAAAUGUUUAUUGAAUGGCAAAGAAAAAAAGAAAAAGAAGUCAAAGAAAUGUACGAUUACAUGCGGCAUAAAUAUUCAAAAGUUAUUGCAAAAAUAGAAGAAUCUAAUAUACCUAUAAAACACCAAGUGCCUAAUCUAAAAAAGAUAUCCAACAAAGAUAAAAAAGAUAUGGAAAAAUUCUCACUGAAGUAUCCUUGCGAAUUUCGUAACUAUACGUAUGAAGAAUUAGUUGAAUUAGAAGAAAAAGCGAUAGAAAGAAAGAAAUCACUGAUAGAUUCAGACUGGGCAAGAAGUUAUAUGGAUAACCUUUACGUUAAAAUACACAACAAAGCUGAUUCUGAGGAAUUUCAAAAACAAUUGACCAAUGUUAUUAGUGGAUCAUUAUGGGAUUUGUCUGUAGCUGAAGAAGAAUCAAAAUUAGACACAGAACUAGCCAAAAAAGUGAUGAAGUUAUCGCAGUUUGAAAAACAAAUGUGUACACAAAUUAUGGAAACUAAACAGCAAGCUCGUAAUUUAGUCAGGAAUAGAAUUGCGAGUCAAGACGAGUUUAAUGAUCAAAGAACAGAACAAUUUAAUCAAUUCCUUAAUAAUGUAAAGGAAGAAAUUAAUUUAGGUCUUAGUGAAAUUGAUUUUGAAAAGCACAGACAGAAUAUGCUACACAAAAAACUGUAUGCUGAAAAAAUGAAAAGAAAAAGACAACAUUAUUAUGAGAUUUGUUACGAUACAAUGCUUUCUAUUAUUGAUUUUACCACCAAAUAUGCUUAUUUUAAAAAAUUACUAGAGGAUGACAUCCCUGACCAUUUUAUACAUGAAUGGAAAUUAUUAUAUUAUAAGCAGCAACCAAUAUUUGAUAUUCUUGACCCAAUAGAAAAUAUUCUAAAAGAAAUUUCUCAAGAAGAAGAGAUACUUGAUCAAGAAGAAAUAAUACAUUUAGAACUAGAUAGACAAGAAACUUUGAAUGAAAGCGAGUUCUUUGAUUAUCAUAAUUAUUCAUAUCCAUGGACAUUGGAUUUUCUAAUACCAAAUUACGACCCAGAAUCAGAAGACAGAAAAUUUGAAUAUUUAGGAGCCCGAAUACUAGGGCAUGUAGUAUAUACGUUGCUUGAAAUUAAAUAUCCUUAUCCUCCACAAAAAAUUCCAGCCAAUUUGCCUAAUUUCUCAUCAAAAGCUAUCGUACGUGGUAUUCCCGAUAGACUAAUAACAUCAGCUAUGCAAACACUUUUGUCUGUACAAAAAAUACACGUCGUACGAUUGGAAUCAGCUAUAAAUUUUUGCCUCAGAAAGUUUAAGUCUGAAAUGAUUGGAUGUACAGAUAUUGAAUUGUCGUAUGAUAAAUUUAUAGGAGCAGCUCAAGAAGAAGAAGAAAAAGAAUUAAUAAAAUUAAUGAAAGCAGAAGAUGAAAUGUUGGUUAAGGGUAGUGAUGCUAAUGUAAUAGCGUUAUCAGGACAAUUGAUUGUUAAUAUUAAACAAACGCAAACACCAAAAACAAUUCCUGAGGAAGAUAUAACUUUAUCUAUUCCUGCAGACCUUGGUCGGUAUGCUUAUCAGUGUUUGAACUUUGGUGAUUCUCUUACCGACCACUUGGUCUCUGCUAUUAUAGUUGAAUAUAUAAAAGAUCAAGAAAAUAUUAAUGGAUUUGUGAUUAUAAAUUAUCCUAAUACUUAUCGCGAGGCACAAAUUUUAGAAGAAACUUUUUUAGGGCGGGCACCACCUGAUGAAAAUGAGCUGGAAGAUAAAGAUGAAAUUUACCUUGAAGAAAGUAUUAUUAAACACAGAAAGAAAGAAAAAGAUCCCUAUAAAAAUCUAAGAACAUCGAAACUAGUUAACGAUCCACACAAAAAAAGGAACUUUAAACCAUUUAGUAGUUAUUUUACUUGCUAUUUAAAUUUAAAAGAAACCGAUGAUAUUCUCCAAGAGUUUGUUAUAUGGAGUUUAACAGAAGAAAAUUCUGAACUUAUUGAUAGAUUUUAUGCCGUAAUGGGAAUCAAUUAUAGUAUGUACUACGAAAUAAUUGAAAAAGAGCAACUGGCGCUUAUAUGUAAAUAUAUUAUUGGAGAUUACGCAAUGCAUAUUAAGUCGACUGAUAAACUAUUCGGUGAAAACGUUUUAAGCAGCCUCGAUUUCCCUACAUCCGAUGAUAAACGAACUAAGUCUAAAAUUGUGAAACCAGAAAUAUCGAAUGGAAAAUCAAAAGAAAGAUUACGACGUAGUGCGAAAUUAAGUCGGUUAUCUUUCACUAACGAGUUACAAAUUGUAAAGGCACCUGAAUCUUUCAAUGAUAUUAAUGAAGAAUCAGUGUUGGAUUUGAAUGAAAAAGAAAAUGAAAAUAAGUUGUCAGCAACAACAGUUAGUUCACAAGAGAUUAAGUUAUUAGCUGGAGAAGAGGACUGGAUAUAUGGUGAUAUACAAAUACCUGAGGGUAUAGGAAUAGCAAUAUCGACUUGUUGGGAAGAAAUAGAAAAAACUUAUAUACACGAUAUCCAACAAUUAUUUUUUGCGAAAAGAUUACAGAUGAAUUGUAUCAUACCAUAUACCAGAUUUCUUAAAAAUAAAAUGGAUCAAAUAAUUACUCUUCCAUCUCACAAGCAAGAUUUAGUCAGUAGUUUUCAGAAGGAAUAUAAUGAUUUUGAAAAUGAUUGGCGUGACAUUUAUUUGACUAAGAAUGAAUGGCAUUGCAGAAUAAAAGAAUUGCAAAACAGAUUAUUUAAAAUAUGUGAUGAGCGAAAGCUUUUUGCCGAACAACAAAGACAGGCACUUAUAUAUGAAAAUUGGACAAUGGAAGAAUUAACCACGCUGGCCAAUACAUAUAUUUCAUGCAUGCAAGCCGAAUUAAAUAGAUCAAUUUUGACAUACCAAACUAUGCAUGAUUUUUAUUUCGCUAUGAUAAAGCGGUCUCCCCCCAACGACAGAUUAGUAUCUAAAGAACUCACAAAAAUAUUUAAAGAAACAGAUGAGACUUCUGGGAGCAAGAAAGGGGGCGAAGAUAAAUUAUUUAGACAGCUAAAAAAUUGCUUUCAAGAUAUGCAAAUGAAAAAUAUUGAAAUUGAUUACAGUAACAAUCCUUUCAACAUGAUUAUUGAAAAUAAUGUUAAAUUUGCGUUAAAAUUUAUAAAAGAUACAAAUGAUUCUUAUCGAUCCCUAAUUAGUAGAGAAUACAGUGAAAUAGCAAAAAUAGUUCCUCCAAUUAAAAAAAAGGAAGAAAACACUUCAGAAGACUCAAUUAGUUCUGAAGAAAUAUUUAAGAGCAACGCUUUAAAGUGCAUAGAAGAAUGGACGAUGGGUAUCAAUGGGGAAAUGUUCAGAGCUAACUUACGCUUAUUGGCUUUACAAUACAAAUGCUAUAGAGAUAUGAAGCUAUUUAAUGAUAAUAUUUUUAAAGCAUUUACCGAUAUCCAGAAUGAUAUAAAUCAUUAUUAUUUAAAUGAAAUUAAGGCAGUUGAUCGCCUUUGUAAAUAUUUACAAAUUGCUGUUGAAAACGGCAAGAAAAUACCAGAAAGUCUUAUACUUGAACAAGAUUUAUUCGUCAUAGAUCCAAAUGUUUUACAGUUUUCGGAACCGCAACCAGAACCAUAUGUUGACAUUUCACAUGAAAUUGUCUCUGAUAUGGAAUUUAAAAUUAGCCAAUUAGCUAGAUUACGUGAUCAAUUUAAAAUUUUAGCUCCGACGGGUAUUGCUCUGCAGCAAGCAUUUAUUUAUUUGAUACAAGACUUUAUAUUUUUCGGCAGAGAGUCUUGUGACGGCCCUAUGUUUCCUGAAGCUUGGAAACAUGUAGACCCUGAACAAAUACCUAAAUUAGUAUUUUUAUUAUUUGGUGACACUGCUUACAUCGAUUGGCGAGAUUUUUUAAUAUAUUGUCUAAAUUUUACAUUCCCUACUAUAGAUGAACUAUUAUUGCUACGAAAGAAGUUCCGUUGUGAAGACUUUGAAUCUACUGAAUUGAUUUCCAGAAACAAAUUCUUGGAACAGACGCUUUGGUUUGAAAAAGAUUUAAAUCCCGAAAGUAGAAAUGCUAAUUUAAGAAAUAAUUUAUCCAAACAUUUCCUUUUUGAAUUAUUUGAAAGUGCAGAAAAUUUAAUGAAUUACUCUGCAUUUUUGCUAGCUUUUUGUAAGGGAUCGAAUCCGAUCGAAGGUUUUGUAAUGGCUUUAUCGAUUGCUAUAGGGAAAAAGAUAUGCUAUUCACUAGAGGAGUGUCAAGAAAUUGUUUGUAAGUUAAUUAGAGAAAAGAUGUACAGGGAUGAAUGUCUAGCUUGUGCAAAUAAAUGCACAGCGCAAUUUUUAAAUAAAUUAAUUAAUAAUGUGGUAAAUAUAUGUGAAGGCACGACUAUUGUCGAAUUAGAAUAUACUGAGCGUCCACCUGAAAUGGACAAGAAAGGUAAAAAGAGUAAAAUUGGUACAAAAGCUAAGAAAAUCGAAAAUGUACAAAGUGCAAAAUUACCCAAAGUACAGAAAAGCCUAACAAGCCGUAGUAAAGCGGGACCAUCUAUAACUGAUAUGCAAAUGACAUAUAUCUGUAAGCCAUGUGAAGAGGAUGUUGAAGUAGUGGAAGGCAAGGCACCAGAGAAAGAAGAAAUACAGGAAGAGGUUAUAGCAGAACCAGAGCCAGAUCCUAAUUUGGCUUACGCAGUUAGUCAAUCGGCCAUUUACAAUGUGCUUAAUAUUUGCUUACCUUGGUACUUCGAAUUAGUACCAGAAGAAAAGGUCACACCAUAUAUAGAACAAGUAAAGGAAAUAUUAAAGCGCCUCGAAGAAGACACUGACAAUAAAGAUAUUUACGUGUGUAAAUUUGUAAAUGAACCCAAUGUUUGUAAAUUACUUCACAGCACCAAAAAAUUUGUUGCUCUUAAUCUAGCAGAUGAAAUUCGUAAAGUGUUUAUG